AUGGCCGUUCACAUAUCACCUAAACUUUUAAGAUGGCUGGGAAAAGAAACACAGACUACUACAAAAUUAUCAGCCAGAAAGUUAAUAUGUGCUGAGAGACGAAUGGAAAUGAAAAGAGAUGGGAUGAGAGCCAUAUGGAUGAGGGAACAGCAAAGACUAGAAACUAUACUUACGGGCAAUGGAAAGAAAAACAAUGGCAGUGGGCAGCCCGUACAUAUAAGAGACCAUACAACAAAGCAGAUCACACAGGAGUUAGCGCCUUCACAGCUGGUUCGCAGGUGGAGUGUGCGGAGCCAGGUGGUGAUAGAGGCGAAGGCGGAAGACAAUGGAAAGCAGCUGGCAUGUAAAGCCGCUCAUCCCGCCCUCAGACGCACACCCACGCCCACGUUGCAAACUUCUGUCACUCUCUCUGUCCUACACCCCGCCGGCGUGCCCGUCAUCAGCGGGUACCGAACGGGCGAGAUCCUGAGGGCGGGCGAGCGACGCACUCUCAGCUGUCGGUCGCGAGGAGGCAACCCGCGGCCCUCGCUGACGUGGUUCCGCAAUGGGCGUGUGAUGGACGACGCCUCCGCCCGCGACGCCGCCGGCACGAUCAACACCCUGGAGCUGGCGGUGACGGCGAAGGAGGACGGCGCCGUGUACGAGUGUCGCGUCAGGAAUGAUGUGUUGGAGAAACCUUUGGCGGCGAAUGUGACGCUCACUGUGUAUUAUCCCUCAUCGUACGUCAGCUUAGCCGGUCCAGCGCACGUCAAGGUAGGGGAGCCCAUUUCCCUUACCUGUGAGACGGCUGAGUCUAACCCUCCCUCGUCCCUCACCUGGGUUGUACAAGGCGAAGUCGUGCAAGGGGUCAAGGAGAGAGUGAGUCGAGUCAGCUCAGGCGGCUGGGUGACCUCGUCUGAGCUGACCAAAUACGUGGUCAGGUCACGAAGGAUCUCCGAAGUGGUGGUGGAAUGUCGAGCUCUCAAUCCCGCCAUCGAUCGAGUGGUUAAGAAGACUAGUAUCAUCGACAUAACGCAGCCCCCCGGCCCGCCCGUGCUGGAGGGGGACAUCCACGCGGAGGUCGUGGCGGGGUCGACGAUCAGCCUGGCGUGCACUUCCAAGGGAGGGCGACCUCGGCCUGUCAUUCGAAUAUACAAGAAGGACAAACUCCUUCCGACGGAACUCAUGCGAGGAGUAGGAGUGACCCGGGCGAGGAGUGAGGUUGUUGUCACUCCGGCGGAUAAUGGUGUCAGGGUGACGUGUGAAGUGAGCAGCCCUGCCACCACCGCGCCGCUGGCAACCUCGACCACACUCGCUGUCUUCUGUAAGGAAAUGGGUUAUGUUAAGGGGCUACAGUUUAUGCUGGGGUGCUUGGGGAGUGCGAGAACGUCUUAA